AUGAGCACCAGAGAAGACCUGGAGGCCAUGGAGCCUCUGAACCCACCUACCUCUCCGGAGCAUGGUGGAACCGGUAGGAGAUUCAGUGUCCAGAAAGUAUCCAAAGAUGACGAGGUCAUCCCCACCAAAGGAACAUCGGGGGACGACAGCAGAGGCGGCAGUCCAGAGAGUAACGGUGACAGCAAAGGAAGUGGCAGCAACAAUAACGGCGGCGCUGUGGAGAUCGACAUGGGCGAACCCCUGGGACCCGGCAAGUUUACUGAGAAUGUCGGCCAAAGGAAAGAGAGUUUGCAACCGGACAGUGACGACGCCGGCUUCCCUAACCACAUGGCUUUGUAUGAGGAGGAUCUCACACACCAAGGCAAAAUCUCGCAGAUUCUCACGAGAAUCACAGCUUACCAGGGAGGAGUUGCUCCAAACGUCAGCGAGGUAGAUGCGGAGAAGCCUAAAGGAAAACCACAAAAGAAAGCCAAUCUGGGUACAAUCCUGGGUGUCUAUUUACCAUGUAUUCAGAACAUCUUUGGAGUGCUCCUCUUUCUCCGUCUGACGUGGAUUGUAGGUCUGGCUGGUGUACCCGAAGGCUUCCUCAUUGUGUUCAUUUGUUGCUCAUGUACAAUGCUAACAUCAUUUUCAAUGAGCGCCAUUGCCACAAACGGCGUGGUUCCUGCAGGCGGGUCAUACUUCAUGAUAUCUCGAGCGUUGGGACCGGAAUUCGGAGGCGCUGUUGGUCUUCUGUUCUACUUCGGGACUUGCGUGGCUGCUUCGAUGUACAUCAUUGGAUCUGUGGAAAUCUUAGUGAAAUACAUGGCUCCAGAGCUGAACAUGUUCGGGGAUGUGUUCAACAGCUACCGUCUCUAUGGUACUAUAGUACUGCUCCUGUUGGCAAUCGUUGUCUUCAUUGGGGUAGCAUUUGUCAGCAAGUUCGCAGCACUUUCUCUAGCCUGUGUGCUGAUUUCCAUCCUGUGUAUCUACAUUGGAAUCUUCGUUGCCAGUCCUGAGAGGAGUGCUGAGGUGUGUUAUCUUGGCGAUAGACUACUCACUCAGCAAUCUGUCAUGCUUAAUGGGUCAGUUUUCUGCUCUAAGAACGAGUCAGGACCGAUAUUCCAGCAUUACUGUGGAGAUGAUAACAGCAGUGAGAGUUGCCAAUACUUCUCAGACCCCAACGUUCUUACUAGAACAGUCAAGGCGAUUCCUGGCUUAUUCAGCGGCGUUUUUAUGA